UAUUUUGACACUUUUCUCCAUUUGGAGUUGGAUGUGUUUCCUCUUAAUGAAUAUAUUUUAUAAAAUAUUCUGUAUGAUAUAUUUUUUAACUUAUCGGGAAUUGAAGCCUGAGUAAGAUAUGUAUCUCUCCUUUACUGUGCUGUGCCUAAGUGUGGUGAUAAAUAAUGCUGCUGCAAGUGAAUGGUGCUACACAGGCUGUGAACACACGCCCAGCCACUGGAAAGACCUGGACGGCUCUCACUGCGGGGGUGAAAGGCAGUCACCCGUUGAUAUAGUGAGCGGCCACCUUGAGCGGGACGAAAAGCUUCUCAAUUUCAAUUUUUUCAAUUUCACGUCAAAGCAGUCCUUCAAGGCCUUCAUAAAUAAUGGACAUACAGCUAAAUUUUUACUGGAAGAUAAUGAGGUUGAACUGAGUGGAGGUGGACUCGAUGGCGCAUACUCCACAUUGCAGCUUCAUUUUCACUGGGGCGACACAGUGCACCAUCCCGGAUCGGAGCACACCGUCAAUGGGCACAGAUACCCUAUGGAGAUGCACAUCGUGAACCUGAAGAAAGGUCUAACAGUGGAGCAGGCCCUCCAAGAUCCAACUGGCAUUGCCGUUCUUGGCUUCUUCAUCGACGCGACUGAAGAUGAGAAUUUGUCAAGUCCUUGGAGUGUCUUGACCUCUUACCUUUUGAGCGACAUAGACACUGAAAUCAAUGUGAUACACGACAUCUCCAUUAACGACCUCAUUGGGGAUGUGGAUCUCACCAAAUACUACCGUUACAUGGGCUCGCUUACCACCCCCUCCUGUAAUGAAGUGGUGGCCUGGACGGUCUUUCAAGAGCCUAUCAUUGUCAACAGAAUUCUGCUUCAACAGUUUCCAUUGAAGACAGGCCUCACCAACGUAUAUCGUCCAGGACAAGAAAUCAAUGGACGUCAAGUGUAUUCUUCCGCUGCAGUUGAUUUGCCUUCCAGUCACGAAUGGUGCUAUGGUGAAGAAUGCGAGUUCAGUCCUCCCAAUUGGCACCUUCUGCCCGACUCGCAAUGCGGUGGACAGCGCCAGUCGCCGGUUAACAUCGAAGCACAGAAUGCCACGAAGGAAGCGAAACUUGACGGCUUUACGUUUACAAAGUUUGACGACAAACAAGUCAUCAAGUACAUCACAAAUACAGGCCAUACAGUCAAGUUUGUACUAAAUGAGGGAGCAAUGGAGGUCUCAGGAGGCGGCCUUGGUCACAUCUACACAACUCUCCAGUUCCAUUUUCACUGGGGUUCCUUAUCUCCUGACUCCAAAGGCUCUGAGCACACGAUUGAUUCCAAAAGAUUCCCAAUGGAGGUGCACAUAGUGAACAAGAGGAAAGAUUUAACUCUGGAGAAUGCAGUCAACACCACAAAUGGCCUGGCAGUGAUGGGCUUGUUUAUUGAGGCCACAACAACCACCAAAAGCGGCGGUUCUUCUGACCACAACGAAGAUUCACAUGACUCUGCUGAUGACUCCACUCAUGAGUCCUCAGAUAACGUGAUGACUGGCGCCUGGAAAGUACUAAGCAACUACCUGGAGCAGAUACAAAGCAUUGGUUCACAGGUGGAAGUCACUGAAGACCUUUCUCUCGCUGAGCUCCUCGGUCACGUGAACCUCGGUUCUUACUACCGCUACAAUGGCUCGUUAACCACACCGUCGUGCAACGAAGCAGUGGUCUGGACCGUCUUUAAAGAGUCGAUUAAGGUGCAUCCGAAACUGCUGAUGAUGUUCCCGAACCAAACCGGCUUCCAGGACGUCUUCCGACCCACGCAAGAUCUUCACAGUAGGAAAAUUUACACCACAGCUGGAGUCGGAACGCUCGCACCCAUUGUCCAAUCUCUGCUGCUGAUUUAUUUCUGUAGCUUCAUCCUGUGAUCGAAAACAUCAGUGUAUUGUAUUAUGUAUUGUGCACUUUUUUAGAUUAUAGAGUAUUAACUUGGGUUUUUACGUAUUCUGGCAGUACAUUUCUUAUUUCUGCUGGUAUACCAUGAAUCUAGUUGGGUCAGAAAAUAGUAAAUUUAUUGUGACUGUUGGUGCACUUUAUUCAUAUGUUAUAUCUCAUAAUUGUCACUAAAGGUUAUCAAUAAUCUUGUGUGUCUUAAUUUUCAUGAAAUAAAAUCAAGCCUUGACAAUAAGGCACAAAGAUGAUGUAAGAUAAAUAGCAACUGUUUUUGUGUUGUCAUUUUGGACGCACUAACCCACACGACAAAAUCUCACUUCCGUAUCGACAGUUGGUUAUGUAAUACGAGGGCAGCAAAUUAUGAAAAGUUGUGGAAGUAAGUAUGCGUGAGACGCCUUCGGUCUUUUGCAACAUAGUAGGAAUCGAUAAGUGGAAGAGUGACGCAAGCAAAUAAGGUUUAUUUGGGAUCAAAUUACUGAAAACCGGUUUUCAAGUCGCAUCCCUAGUCAUCAUGUACGCUGCUGAAGUUGUUAUAUGCAUAAGUUCGGGCUCCUUCGAUUCUUUUUAGCCGAUUUGGUAAAUCUCUACAAAUGAAAAACGUGACAUUCACAUUUACUAAUGUUAUUUCCAUUGACAGGCUCGACAGACAGUAUCAGUUACUAUUGUUUUUGAACAAUAGGCCAAGACAGAUUGAUGUCACUCAGCUUGCUUACAUUGGAAAAUGCUUCAUCCUACUCCUUUUUGGGCACAAUGAAUAAAUUCAGAUCUUGUUUAUUAUUAUCAUUAUUAUUAUUGUCUUAACUAUUGUUUCUGUUAUCUCGAGAAUAUCAUUGGUUCUGUCUGAUUUUUUGUUUGUUUUUUUUAAAUUUUGUUUUUCGUUUGUUUUGUUUGUCUAUUAUUUUUAUUUUUUUUCUCCUGUCCAAAU